GCUUAAUGUGUCAAUUCAACGGAAGAACAGAUACGCGAAAUACUUGCCUUUUGCAUUUUAAAGCUAUAAAUGUUCAGAGGAGACCGAGGUGGUUAAAUGCAAAAGAGCCUCGAGGGUCCUUUGUAAGUUUCACGUUGAAGUAUUAACCCAUUAAGUCCAGCAAAGCGUUAAGGGUGAUUUUAGUUUUGUAAAGACAUCCACGAUGUCUUUACAUGGGAAUGCUUCCAGUCUGAAGUUGCAUAAAUGUAUAAAUGCUUUGCUAAAUCAGGAUCAAAGUUCUGUAACUGUGCUGGUAAGGAGAUGAUAUUUUCUCUUAGAAUUGCGUGAAGGUUUCAAAAAUUGAAAAUACACAAUCUUGGAUUUCAGUCAAAAAUGUAUCAUUAUUUUUACAGGCUAUGCCAGUUCUGUGUGGUAGGUGGGUUUUAAUGUCAUAAACGGUGUAUAAUUGUUAAUGACUGAGUAGCAUUUUCACUACCGGUUGGUAGUUUGAUAUUGAUCAUUUAGCACAUCUGAUAAUGAUCAGCACAUUAGCGCAUAGUGCCAACGAUCACUCUUCUGGAAAUUCCUUGAGCCAUAUCUCAGGAUGGUGUUUAGAAGGAGAAAGAUUCCUGACAGAGGUAAGAAAGUAUUAAUGUUCUUAUACAAAAAACUCAUCUGAAAUACUGAGUAAACUCAGUUUCCCGUGCUUAGGAAUGGUGGCUUCAAACUGGAGCAGAUGCCUAGAAGGAUAGCUAGGAUGGGCUGAUAAGGUGGCUGGAUUGAAUACUAUAAGAGGGGAAAAAUAGAUUCCUUGGACAAGAGCAAAGGACUCUUACGUGUAGAUCCAGUCUGCAAACUAGACGGUUACUCUGGGGCCUGUAAGGGUUUGGAAUGAUCUUUUGAUAGGAGCGGAAUGAAAAAUACCCUUGUUAACCUUAAAUGUAACUGUUAAAUAGAUGGAUUAAAUUAGAUAACAUGGCUGUGUCUCAUAGCAGGGGUCUGAACUUGAGAAUUCCCAGGCUGUGCAUCUCUAAGGCACUGUGUUGGGACCCCAUAGAAAGCAUUGCAUUUCUUUUCCCUCAAGGUUAUCUCAGUGGUAUAUAAAAGUGUUUUGAAUCACAAUUUUCCUUUGGCAUUAUACUAGGAAAUACUAUUAACUUGAGGUAGAAAUGAAAUAAUGUAUUUAUUUGAAUUUUCAGGAAUUUCUAACAUACUAGGACAUAUUCAUCAGGUUUAAAUGCAAAUUUUAGUUAGAAUUAAGAUAAAACCCUCCAACUUACAUUUUUUCUUUUUUCCAGGACUUCAACAUGCAGGAUUUCUGCACAAUCAUUAUGUUUUACAGGGAAAUGAAUUUUCUAAUGAUUUAUUAUAUUUAUUUUACUCCAAAAUGUCCAUAUGUUCAUAUAAAUCUAUAGUCAAAAUAGUAUUCCAUUGCUUCCUCUAAGCUGAUCUUAUCUGCUGAAAAAUGUGACUUAAGAAAGCAAAGGAAGUUGCACAGUAAGGACAAGCUCUUAUUUUGCAGGAGUUGAACAUUCCUGCUCUGUUUUCCCAUUUCUCUCCCACCUAUUUAAAGGUGUACUUUAAACAUGAGUGGUCUUGCUCAGUUAAGCAAAAAGUUAAAAUUCUGUAAAUUUAGAUGGUCAAAGUACACUUUUAACAGCAUUUUUCCCCAGCUGUCUUCUGAAACUCUGCAAGUCUCAAGGUUAACAUCUGAGAGUUCAAUUCCAGUGGAAGCCAGACUUGCUUACAUUGGAGCGUUCUGGCACCCACAGUAUAACUGUGAAGUACAAAGGCUGAACAGGGACUUGCUUUAAAAAUCUUCCCUGCUGCAAAUUCCACUUGGCGUAUAUUGCAAGUAAAAUAUGAACCCUUCUAAAUAAUCUUCAGUGCAUUCAUGUGCUCUAUAUUUGGCUUCAGAAACAAGAGAACUCAUUUAUAUAAAAAGAACAAAGUGUAGCCAGAAAAUUAUUAUUCCCAUUUUGCUUUGCUGAUGUUCACAGCUUUGUAGAUUGAGGAUCCUUCAAACCAAAAAUGUGGAAGAAAGAAAACAGUGUCCUUCAGCAGCAUGCCAUCAGAGAAGAAAAUAAGCAGUGCCAGCGACUGUAUCAGCUUUAUGCAGGCUGGGUGUGAAUUGAAGAAAGUUCGUCCAAAUUCCCGGAUUUAUAACCGUUUUUUUACUCUGGAUCCUGACCUGCAGGCUCUUCGCUGGGAGCCUUCCAAGAAGGAUCUGGACAAAGCCAAGCUUGAUAUUUCUGCUAUAAAAGAAAUCAGACUGGGGAAGAACACAGAGACAUUCAGGAAUAAUGGACUUGCAGAUCAGAUUUCUGAGGACUGUGCACUGUCAGUAAUUCACGGUGAGAACUAUGAGUCCCUUGACUUGGUUGCCAAUUCCGCUGAUGUGGCCAAUAUUUGGGUAUCGGGAUUAAGGUACUUAGUUUCUCGUAGCAAACAACCCCUGGACUUGAUGGAAAACAGCCAUAAUACCCCACGGUUUGCCUGGUUAAAAGCUGUAUUCGAAGCAGCAGAUGUUGAUGGCAAUGGCAUAAUGUUAGAAGAUACAGCUGUGGAGCUAAUAAAGAAGCUUAACCCCACCUUAAAGGAAUCAAAGAUUAGAUUAAAAUUUAAGGAAAUUCAGAAGAGCAAAGAGAAACUGACAACGCGAGUAACAAAAGAAGAGUUUUGUGAAGCAUUCAGUGAACUUUGCACAAGACCUGAAGUGUAUUUCUUACUUGUGCAGAUAUCCAAAAACAAAGAGUACCUGGAUGCCAAUGACCUCAUGCUGUUUUUAGAGGCUGAGCAAGGAGUGACCCACAUAACAGAAGAAAUGUGUCUAGAUAUUAUACGCAGGUAUGAGCUUUCUGAAGAAGGACGGUUGAAAGGUUUUCUUGCCAUUGAUGGAUUUACUCAAUACCUAUUGUCCUCAGAAUGUGAUAUUUUUGACCCAGAGCACAAAAAAAUUGUCCAAGACAUGACACAGCCUUUGUCACAUUACUACAUCAAUGCAUCCCACAAUACCUACCUAAUAGAAGACCAGCUCAGAGGGCCGGCUGAUAUCAAUGGUUAUGUCAGAGCUUUAAAGAUGAGCUGCCGCAGUAUCGAGCUGGACGUCUGUGACGGCCCAGAUAAUGAACCCAUUAUUUGUAACCGCAACAACAUGACAUCGCCACUCGCCUUUCGAAAUGUCAUCGAAGUAAUAAACAAAUUGGCCUUCUUUGCCUCAGAAUACCCUCUUAUUCUGUGCUUGGGGAACCACUGCUCUGUACAGCAGCAGAAGGUGGUGGUGCAACACAUGAAAAGAAUCUUUGGAAACAAACUGUACACAGAGGCACCUUUAUCCUCAGAAGCCUACCUCCCAUCACCUGAGAAACUGAAAAUGAAGAUCAUUGUGAAGGGGAAGAAACUGCCCUGCAACCAGGAUGUAUUAGAAGGAGAGGUCACAGAUGAAGAUGAAGAGGCUGAAAUAUCCCGAAGACUAUCAGAGGACUUCUCGAGGGAACCAAAGCUGAUCUGGCUCUGCAAGGAGUUGUCUGACUUGGUGUCCCUAUGCAAAUCUAUCCAAUACAAAGAUUUUGAGACAUCCAUGAAAUCUCAAAAUUAUUGGGAAAUGUGCUCCUUCAGUGAAGCAGAAGCCAGUCGGAUUGCAAAUGAAUACCCUGAAGAUUUUGUUAACUACAACAAAAAGUUUCUGUCCAGGGUAUACCCGAGUGCUAUGAGGAUAGACUCCAGUAACUUAAAUCCUCAAGAUUUUUGGAACUGUGGUUGCCAGAUAGUGGCAAUGAACUAUCAGACCCCAGGGCCCAUGAUGGACCUACACACUGGUUGGUUUCUACAGAACGGGGGAUGCGGGUACGUUCUCAGGCCUUCAGUGAUGCGUGACGAAGUGUCUUACUUCAGCGCAAAUACCAAGGGUAUUGUUCCUGGGGUCUCCCCGCAGGUCCUACAUGUCAAAAUUAUCAGUGGGCAGAAUUUUCCAAAGCCCAAGGGUGCGUGUGCAAAAGGGGAUGUCAUAGACCCCUAUGUCUGCAUAGAAAUACAUGGGAUUCCUGCAGACUGCACCGAACAAAGAACUAAAACUGUGCAGCAGAACAGUGAUAACCCUAUUUUUGAUGAAAGCUUUGAAUUCCAGAUCAAUCUACCGGAGCUGGCCAUGAUCCGCUUUGUUGUUUUGGAUGAUGACUACAUUGGGGAUGAGUUCAUAGGACAGUACACUAUCCCACUGGAGUGCUUACAGCCCGGGUACAGGCACAUCCCACUGCGCUCUUUUGUUGGUGAUAUCAUGGAGCACGUUACCCUGUUUGUUCACAUUGCAAUAACCAACCGAAGUGGAGGUGGGAAGGCACAGAAGCGUAGCCUCUCGGUGAGGAUAGGGAAGAAGGCAAGGGAGUACACCAUGCUGAGGAACACUGGUCUCAAGAUUAUUGAUGACAUCUUUAAGCUGGCAGUGCACCCAUUGCGAGAGGCUACUGACAUGAGAGAAAAUAUGCAGAACGCCAUGGUGUCGGUGAAGGAGCUGUGUGGGCUGCCGCCCAUGGCCAGCCUCAAGCAGUGCAUCCUGACCCUGUCCUCGCGCCUCGUCAGCAGCGACAACGUGCCCUCGGUGGCCCUCUGCAUGAAGGACACCUUUCCUUACCUGGAGCCUCUGGGGACCGUGCCUGAUGUGCAGAAAAAGGUCCUGGCAGCGUAUGACCUGAUGAUUCAAGAGAGCAGGGUUCUUAUUGAGACGGCAGACACCACUCAUGACAAGAUUGUUCAGUGCCAGAAAGCAGGAAUGGAAUUCCAUGAAGAGCUUCAUAACCUUGGGACAAAAGAAGGUUUGAAAGGAAGAAAAUUAAGCAAAGCCAUUGAGAGUUUUGCAUGGAAUAUCACAGUGCUGAAGGGCCAAGGAGAUCUCCUGAAGAACGCCAAGAACGAAGCCCUGGAGAACAUGAAGCAGAUCCAGCUGGCGUGCCUGUCGUGCGGACUGAGCAAACCUGGGAGCGGGCAGGCAGAUGCCAAGGCAAAACGGUGCCUGGAGGCAAUACAGGAGAAGGAUACUGGAGAUGAGAAUGGGAGGCUGUGAGGAGAGGCAGAGCUGUCACAUUUGUCACAGAUUUCAAUAAGUCUAAACUAUUUUUUUAAAGCAUUUAAAAAUUCACACAGGAGUGCCCUCUACAGGGUGUGAUAGUAUUAAAAUCCUCACAAUGUCAGUAUUUUAAUGCAGUUAAUUUAUCAAAGUUAAACUCUGGUAGUGAGAUUUCUAAUGAAGCCAAGCUGUCUGUAUGCAAGUGCGUGUGUGUGUGUGCGCACAUGCAAAUCCUGUAGACACCCUCUCAUGCAUCACAUUAGCCGUUUGCUAAUUUAUUCCUUUGUCAUCUUUGAAUAGGCUUAUUCACUCUUGAAGAUCAAAACAAAUUGAGAGCACUUGUAUCAGUUUUGGGCUUUACUUUACUCUCCAGCUUUUAUCAUUUUACUUAUAGGUUAUAUUACUGUUACGCUGUUUAAACAAACAGACAAACCACAACAAAUUUCACUGACAGCUGUUUUUGUGAGGACAAACCGAUGGUUUGCUGCAGACCCUGAAGGUGAUUUUUAGUGAACAAUUACAGCCAAGUAAACAGGAUAUUAAAUGAUCAGAAUUGCUAAGUAGAUUAUCAGUAGAUUUGAGGUGUAUUUUUCGCUGAAUUUAGCAAACUGCUCUUCAGGGUACACCCAAACAACACAUAAUAACAUAAGAACUAGCUAAUUUAGUUUAUUCCAGCAAAACAUUGCUACCUUGUAGAUCUGCAAGACAGCUACAGUCUUUGCUGAUAGACAUUAAUUUGAGUAGUAAUGACCAUAGCUAGUCAGCCCUGUAAUUAUGGGGAGAGCUGUGAAUACCCUUUGGUGGUCAUGAACGCUGAAGGUGACCUUCAGGCUGUUCUGAAACAGCCACUGGUGCCAGUAUUAAAAGGAAGGUUUUCCAGAUUUCACAAAAUGUGAGCUUUACUGCAGAUGUGUCAGGCCUUGCUUGCCACCUUCUGCAUAGAUGUUGGAGUUAGCUGGAUGAAGCAGGCAGGCUCUGGCCUAAUGUUUUUGUGGUUAAAAUCAUGCUAGAGAUUUAAAAGCAGGGCUGAAGAACUGCUACAGGUGUAGUGUAGAGAAGUAGCUUGGGGAAAAACAGGGUGCCAGCAUUUUUGUGCAGCAGCUACAAAUAUCCUAACACAUGUCAUGUGUUCGGGGAAGUUCUGAGAACUGGCUGCCUCUUUGUGCCACUGUGGAAAGGAGACAGAGAAUGUCCCGGAGCAUCCUUGUCCCUCCCAAUGUCCGGUCCACGUGUGCUCACAACGUUCAUUUCAAUUGUUUAAGUACUGUGCUUGAGUGGAAUAUUUGUGUUAUCUUUAACAGGACUAAGUGUUUUAUGGUUAUAAAAAGACUAUAUUUAUUUAAAGCAUUGCUUUUAUUUUUAAAAGCUACUUUUUAAAUUAAUUUGAUUAACAAAUACGCUAAUUUUCUGAACUUAACAAAGUAAUUGCUAAAAGUUUGAUCAUUGGAAAAUCUUAUAUAGCUAUUGUGUUAAGUUAUUUUUGACUUCUUAAUAACACUAUUAUGUUCAUGUUGCACAUUACUGAGAGAGUAAAGCUAUGAAACAACUUUGA